AUCGGAAGGUGUAUAAGGUAUACUACAUUGGUGGUGUAUAUGAAAGAAAUAAAGGUGUACUUUCUCAGGCAGAACACUGAAGUGACAAAAAGAAAACACGAUAUGAACAACCCCAAGUGGUCAGAAAAUUCAUAAAUGGUGUAUCUUUGCUCAUCGACCCUCUGGGAAAUCAUUUCAGGUUUGUCAUUGAUAACACCUCAGCUCUUUUGUAGCUGUAAGAGGGAAUACAGUCAUUUUUUCAUGCUAAAUUUAAACAAAAGUUAACAAAUCAAACUACUACUAACCUGAUUCUUUUGAAAAUAAUAACUUCUCACUCAAAAUUAGAGCUUUCAGCAAAGUUCCCUAAAAGCUUUUUAUUCAGUAUUAAAAGGAAACAAACAUCACAAUAGCAUUUCUGUUUCAGAAAUGGUGGCAACUAACAAAAACCUGUCUGAGGAAAGAGACGAUCUGGGGAGGACUCUGAGAGCCGGGGGAUGGAAGUACUUCAGCGGUAGUCUCUAUACCAUUUCUCCUAUCCAGAAAAACUGGCAAGAGAGUAGGGAUGACUGUCUUCAAAAAGGAGCAGAUCUGGUGAUUAUCAACAGCAGAGAAGAAGAGGACUACAUAUUAAGUUUUCGUAUGAAGGUGUGGAUUGGACUCACUGAUCGAGAGACAGAGGGCAGAUGGAAGUGGGUCGAUGGGACUCCGCUGACCACAAGCUACUGGUACCCCGGUGAGCCAAAUGGAACUUUGAAGCUGGACGAAGACUGUGCACAAAUAUAUUACAGUGAUGCAAGAAUAAGCUGGACAGAUAGCCAUUGCAGUUAUAAUACAAAUCGAUGGAUAUGUGAGAAGAGAUUGGCAUAACUCCACAUCUAGUCCCACAAAACGAUGAUGAAAAAAACAGGAACAAGUUGCAUUUCUCAUUUUCAGCCUAAAUUCAAAUGUGGAGGUCCAGGUGGGCGAGGGGUUGGACUCUCACGUAGAUAUCUGGAGUCACGUCAUGUCUCAUAUAUAGGAUUAAUGUUCACUUUUUUUAAACUGUAAUUGCAAUUCCUAAAAGUGUCUUUUCUCUGCUUUUGAGAUUAUAAUAUUGGCUGCCUGCUUUUAGAUUUUCUUAUUUCAAUCAUGCCAACUUGAAAUCAUGUCCUAGUUUUGUGUCUUAGAGAUGUAAUGAUUUUAUUUUAUUUUCAAAACAAAGUCUGAGUUUUCCGAUGAAUCCCUCACUAUAAAAUAGACUGAGCUGCAUUUGACAAACAGG